AUGCCUGCUUCUUUUCUUCACUUUGUUUGUCUCUUUCUUGCAUUUCCUUUCUUUGUUCCUCUCUUUCUUGCUUUUCUUCACUUUCUUCCUCUCUUUCUAGAUUUUCAUCACUUUCUUCCUCUCUUUCUAGAUUUUCCUUUCUUUUUUCCUCACUUUCUUGCUUUUCUUUUCUUUGUUCCUCUCUUUCUUUUCUUCACUUUGUACCUCUCUUUCUUGCUUUUCUUUUCUUUGUUCCUCUCUUUCUUGCUUUUCCUUUCUUUGUUCCUUUCUUUCUUGCUUUUCUUUUCUUUGUUCCUCUCUUUCUUUUCUUCACUUUGUACCUCUCUUUCUUGCUUUUCUUCACUUUGUUCCUCUCUUUCUUGCUUUUCUUUUCUUUGUUCCUCUCUUUCUAGAUUUUCCUUUCUUUGUUCCUCUCUUUCUAGAUUUUCCUUUCUUUGUUCCUUUCUUUCUUGCUUUUCUUCACUUUGUACCUCUCUUUCUUGCUUUUCUUCACUUUGUUCAUCUCUUUCUUGCUUUUCCUUCCUUUCUUUUUUCCUCUCUUUCUUGCUUUUCUCUCACUUUUAUUCUUUCCUUUUUCUUCUUCAUAUCUAG